AUGUUAACACAUCAACAUUCCACAAAUUUAAAACAACAAUCUGAUCAUGAUCUUACUGAAUUAUCAUGGUUAACUCAAUCCGAUAUAUUUGAUCGUUCAUCAUCAUCAUCAUCACAUUUAACACGUUCCGUACCUGUAUUAAGUAAAAAUUUACCAAUUUAUGUUACAGAUAAACAUCGUCAUCGUUCAUCACCAUUAAGUUUUAUUGAUUCAUCUGAUAGUGAACAUGAUUAUGAUUCAUCAUCACUUAAUUCUUCAAGUGAACGUGUUACAACAACAUCAACUGAUAUUGUUUCACCACCACAUUCCGCAUUAUGUUUUUGGAUUUUAUUUGCUAUUGAAGAUUCUAAAUCUCGUGCUUUAACAUUAAAUGAAAUAUGUGAUUGGAUUGAACAUCAUAUUGAACAAUCAACAACAAAUCAUAAUUCAAAUUGUUCAACUGAUGAACAAUUAAUACAAAGUGCUCGUUUAAAAAGUAAAAUACGUUAUCAUAUGACAAAACAAUUAUCAUUUUUUAUUAAAAUAAUAAAAAAUCCAAUUAAUGGUAUUAAAUUACGUUAUCCAUUAUGGACAACAGAUCGUUCAAAACGUUCACUUUUACUUGAUACAUUAUUAACAAUGAAUACAAGACAAUUAUCAUUAACAACACAAUAUACAAUUGUUCUAUUUGAACGUUUAUGUUUUGAAAGACGACGACAUUUAAUAUGUAAUACAAACGAUGAAAAUAGUUGUCCAACAUUAAAAAAUAUUAAAAAACGUGAUAAAAUUAUUCAUCAUCUUGGUUCAUCUGAAGAAACAAAUACGAAAAGAAAAAAACAACAUUCUAAACAUGAUUUAUCAGGAACAUCAUCAAUAAUUCCGAGUGUUGAAGUUGUUGAUGCUGCAAUGACUUUACUUCUUUUACGACAACCAAAAUGA